UUUAAAUCUUUCUCACUUUCCUCUUCUUUAAUGUUUUGGCAGGAAAAAUGACAAAUGAAACUGUAAAACCGAGUACUAUAUAUAGAUAAAUAGAUGUAAAAUUGGGGACUUUUUUAUGCUCUUUGAUCUUCGUUUCUGAUUCCUAGAGUUCUGCUGUGCAUAGGAUAUUGAUGAUCUGAAGAAAGCAGAUCUCGGUGUAUCAUUUGGUCUGUUGAUUGUUUGAGACUGAGACUCAUGGCAGCUCCAGGCGGACUGAGACCGGGGAGUGCACCUCCGAAUUAUAAUCCGAAUGCAGUUGCAGAUGAUAUCCAAAACCUUCAAAUCGGAAGACCUAAUCAGCCCCCUUCAAAUUCCCCCAACGUGCCAAGGCCUAGUUCAGCUGUGGGUCAACAGCCUCCUCAUAGCUCACCAUUCGGACAACGGCCGUCUACUUUUGCUUCUGGACCUCCCGGAAGCCGCCCAGGACCGCCCCCUCCGGGUGUAUUACCCAGGGGUAUGACUCUGCAAGGUGCUGGGCCACAAAAUGCGUUACCUCCAAAUAUGGCUGCUAGGCCAACAGGUCCUCCUUUUGCAGCCAGGCCUCCACCUGGUUCGCUGCAUUCUUCAAUGGGUGGCCCUUCUGGCUCUCCGCAUAUGGGUCCUCAGCAGGGGCCUUUUGUGGGUUCACCAUUUGCAUCAGGUUCUAUUGCUCCGCCAUCAAGCAUUCCGGCUGCAAGAAGUAAUGGGCCACCUGUGCUUGGAUCAGGGCCAAUGCAAGGUGGAUCACCAUUUCCCAAUGUGUCGCGGCCACCACCGUUUGGAGCUCCACCACCAGCUAUGGUUUCAUCUCAAACCCCUUCCCAACCUCCAAGCAUGCGUUCUCCCUUUGGGAGUCCACCUCCGGCUGCACCAGUUUCAUCACAACCACCAAUUCCAUUUUCAGCGCCCCAUCCCUCCGCCCCCUCACCAUUUGCAGUACCCGGUCGUGGUGCACCUCCACCUCCACCCUACAUGCAAACAUGGCAAACACAACCCAAUCAGGUGGCCGCUCCUGGUUCAAUGCAGCUUCCUAGGACGUAUGGAGCCCCCCCUCCACUCCAAAGUCAAUCAGUGGCUUCUAUAGCUUCUUCCCCGAGUCACACUGGUGCUUCUGUGAUGGGACCAUCAAAAAUUGAUCCGAACCAAAUUCCUCGGCCAAUCCCAGAUUCUGCUGUGAUUCUCCAUGAAACUCGUCAAGACAACCAAGCCAAUCCUCCUCCGCCUGCCACGAGCGACUAUAUUGUCAGAGAUACUGGAAACUGUAGUCCACGCUACAUGAGGUGUACAAUUAAUCAGAUUCCUUGUACUCUUGACCUUUUGACUACAUCUGAGAUGCAGUUGGCUCUGUUAGUGCAGCCCUUAGCUCUUUCACAUCCCUCUGAAGAACCCAUUAAAGUUAUUGACUUCGGAGAAAGUGGUCCUGUCAGGUGCUCUCGUUGUAAGGGCUACAUAAACCCAUUUAUGAAGUUCAUUGAUCAGGGAAGGCGUUUCAUCUGUAACUUAUGUGGAUAUACGGAUGAUACGCCUCGAGACUAUCAUUGUAACUUGGGUCCUGAUGGCAGGCGUAGAGAUGCUGAUGAAAGGCCAGAGCUCUGCCAAGGAACUGUGGAAUUUAUUGCUACCAAGGAGUACAUGGUCAGAGAUCCAAUGCCUGCUGUAUAUUUCUUCCUUAUUGAUGUAUCCAUGAAUGCAGUACAGACAGGUGCAACUGCAGCAGCUUGUAGUGCAAUCAGUCAAGUUAUUUCCGAUCUUCCUGAAGGUCCUCGAACAUUUGUUGGCAUUGCUACCUUUGACUCGACGAUUCACUUUUACAAUCUAAAACGUGCCUCACAGCAGCAGCCAUUGAUGCUUAUAGUCCCUGAUGUGCAAGAUGUCUAUACUCCCCUUCAGACUGAUGUUAUUGUUCAACUCUCUGAGUGUCGUCAACAUCUGGAUCUUCUCCUAGAAAACAUCCCUUCAAUGUUUCAAAACAACAGGACUGCUGAUUCAUCUUUUGGUGCUGCAAUUAAGGCUGCUUUCUUGGCAAUGAAAAGUACUGGAGGAAAACUUCUUGUAUUUGAAUCAGUGUUACCAUCUAUUGGGCUAGGAGCUCUUUCUGCCAGGGAAGCUGAAGGAAGGACCAAUAUAUCUGCCGGGGAAAAGGAGACUCACAAGUUACUUCAACCAGCUGACAAGAUUUUAAAAACAAUGGCUAUUGAGUUUGCUGAAUAUCAGGUCUGUGUUGAUGUGUUUCUUACCACACAAACAUAUGUUGACAUUGCUUCCAUCUCUGUAAUCCCAAGAACAACUGGGGGCCAGGUGUACUAUUAUUACCCUUUCUCUGCACUUUCUGAUCCAGCCAAGCUUUACAACGAUCUUCGCUGGAAUAUUAUGCGGCCUCAAGGAUUCGAGGCUGUAAUGCGUGUGAGAUGCAGCCAGGGAAUCCAAGUCCAGGAGUACAAUGGAAACUUUUGUAAACGAAUCCCAACUGAUGUUGAUCUACCUGCGGUUGACUGUGACAAGACAAUAAUGGUAACCUUGAAACAUGAUGAGAAAUUGCAGGAUGGUUCAGAAUUUGCUUUUCAGUGUGCUCUUCUGUACACUACAGUGGGUGGCCAAAGAAGAAUACGAGUUUCAACACUGUCUCUACCAUGCACCACUAUGCUUAGUAACAUGUUCCGGUCAGCAGAUUUAGAUACCCAAUUUGCUUGUAUCUUGAAGCAAGCGGCGAAUGAAGUUCCUAUAGUACCACUAACACAAAUACGUGAACAAGCUACUACCCAAUGCAUCAAUAUUUUGUAUGCCUAUCGCAAGUUUUGUGCUACUGUGUCAUCAUCAGGGCAACUUAUUCUUCCUGAGGCACUUAAGCUUUUGCCUUUAUACACACUCGCUUUGGUGAAAAGCACUGGAUUGAGAACUGAUGGUCGUAUAGAUGAUAGAUCAUUUUGGAUCAACUAUGUCUCUCCUCUCUCUGCGCCCCUCGCAGUUCCAUUUGUGUCUCCGAGAAUGAUAGCUAUUCACGAGCUCAACUUGAUGGAGGCUGAUGCGCCUUUAAUUCCACCUUCUAUCCCACUUUCUAGCGAGCAUCUUAGUGACUCUGGGAUAUAUGUUCUUGAGAAUGGUGAAGAUUGCUUAAUUUAUGUUGGGAGCUCCGCAGAUCCAGAUAUCAUGCGUCAACUGUUAGGCAUUUCUUCUGUUGAAGAAAUUCCUGCUCAGUUUGUGCUUCAACAAUAUGAGAAUCCAUUGUCAAAGAAGCUUAAUGAAAUCAUAAAUGAGAUUAGGCGCCAAAGGUGUAACUACCUCCGCUUAAAAUUGUGCAAAAAGGGGGAUUCAUCAGGAAUGCUGUUUUUCUCAUACAUGGUUGAAGACAAGACUCCAGCUGGACUUUCAUAUAUUGAAUUCCUGAUACAUAUUCAUCGUCAAAUUCAAAGCAAAAUGGCGUGAAAAAUAUCUCUUAUCAGUUGAUGGGGAGGCGGGUGGUUGGCCUCAAUAUGGAUUGAUGAAUAUAGUGGAUCAAGAGUUUUUGUUUAUUAUAUAGGCAGGCAUUUUUUUCUCAACGGGACACUAUACGACUAGAUUUUUUUUAAGUUUUCAAUUUAUUUUAGUACAAAUGUCUAUGUACACGCAUGUUUGAGCCAUACGAACGAUAACGGAUAGUGAUGAAUAAAGAAAUUUUAGAACAGAUUUAUGAUGGGUACAUUCUUAAAAGAGGGGAAUUGUGAUUCAGAUUUCAG